UGCAGCGUUUGUAUGAGCAUGCGGUGUGCGAGGAAGAUAAGAAAAUAAGAAAAUAUAUCAGCGGCGACCCACACAUGAAAUGAUAACAUAGUUGCCUCAGCUGAGCGUGUGCACCACGAUUACGUACUGUCUCGUGGCAGUUUUGUGGCGAUUACUUUACAGUGUCGACUUCGUGGCAAGCGGCAUCAGCUGAUCGUCGCACACGGUGUUUACAAUUUCUGCUUCUGCGCUGUCUCCAAGCUCUUUGGUGGUAUUGCCGAAACAAGGGGGUGAAAAAAGGAUGAUGGUGCAGAAUGGAAUGGACCCUGGAUUGAGAACGAGACUCGACGAGUUGACGGCGCACUUUAAUUCACAUUACCAACGCGACCCGUCAUUUUUCGUUCGAGUACCAGGAAGGGUGAACCUGAUAGGCGAACACAUUGACUACUGCGGCUAUUCUGUGUGUCCUAUGGCGAUCGAACAGGAUGUAUUGGUGGCGGUCGGUUGUACCAAGGACGACGAUGACGUGCUCAGACUUAGCAAUGUGGAACAGAGGUAUCAAGAUUAUCAGCACGAGCAACUCAAUAAUAUAAGGCAGUGUCAGCUGGACGACGAGGAUGUAGGAGUAUCCUGGUACAGGUACUUUCUAUGUGGCGUAAAGGGAGCAUUCGAAGUCAUCCCUCAAGAGCGCCAACCUCGAUCGAUUCUCGCUACUGUCUGGGGCAACGUGCCACCCAAUGCCGGACUGUCAAGUUCCAGUGCGCUUGUAUCCGCUGCUCUUCUUGCUACUGUAUACCUUAGCAAGCACGAAAUAUCAAAGGAGGAGAUGGCUACGAUGAGCGCGAGAGCAGAGAGAUACAUCGGCACCCAAGGUGGUGGAAUGGACCAAGCUAUCGCCUUUCUCGCUAGAGCCGGAUCAGCAAAGCUGAUAGAAUUCAAUCCAUUACGUGGCUUCGACGUCACGUUGCCCGACGAUGCAGUUUUUGUUAUCGCACAUAGUCUAGCAGAUCACAACAAAGCUGCCACUUCGGAUUAUAAUACCAGGGUAUUGGAAUGUCGGCUAGCUGCACAGGUCAUCGCCACGAAAAGAGGAGUCGAGUGGCGGUCGGUGCAGAAAUUAAUUGACGUCCAGCGCAGCCUUGGAAAGACUCUCGAUGAGAUGGCUGACAUCGUUGUAGCAGAUCUUCACGAUGAACCCUAUACUAUCGGAGAGGCGUGCGAAAUACUUGACAUAACGGAAGUCGAAUUGAAAUCGAUAUCCAACAUAAUACGCCACAAUAUCUCACGACAUCUGAAACUCAAACAAAGAGCACUACACGUCUUUCAAGAGGCAAGUCGCGUGGGCGAGUUUCGCGAGGUGUGUGAGUGUAAGGACUUGGCGGCGUCUGACAGGCUACGUCAACUGGGACACCUAAUGUCGGCCAGUCACUCCAGCUUGCAAAGCCUUUACGAAUGUAGCCAUCCGAGGAUCGACGACCUUGUUCGAGUGGCCAUGGAGUCCGGUGCCCUGGGAGCACGACUCACUGGCGCUGGUUGGGGUGGUUGCGUUGUGGCGAUGACGACGAGUGACAAAGUACAGAGUUUCAUCGAUUGUCUGAAGGAAAAAUUUUACGGCAACGACGAGCAAGCCAAGGGCCUCGAUCUGUCUAAAUUCGUGUUUAAAACUGAACCUAAAGAAGGAGCUGCCAUUUAUAACUACUAAUCUUCAUUUUUAGUUUCAUUCCUAUAUUAUCGGAAGAUAUUUUUAAAUAAUUAUAUCGGCGGAUUUCAGAGAGUGCAAUAAAUUAGUCGAGAAUUUAUUAGCUUUUAAGUAGAUUAUGUUGCUAAGAUCAACAUUGUUAAUGAUCUAUGACGAAAUCUAUUUUGUACGUUUAUUUGUCUGUUUACUUGACUGCAUAUUUGAUAGAAAAUGUAUAAUAAUAAUGAUGUGUAUGCAUUUAUCAAGCAAACUAUAUUUCAAAU